GCGGCGAGGACAGAACCACUGCUAGAUCGAAUCGUGGACAGAUAGUGGACAGUCGUCGAUAAACUAAAGUUUUGGUGUAGAUAUAUAAUCGAGAUGGCCGCGAGAUGGGCGCUUGUCGCGCUGUCGCUUGUCGCGGCGACAUGCGGCGCGGAACAGAUGUCAACCCACUACGAGUGCAUAGUGGUGGGAAUGGGGUCGGCGGGCACCACCGCGGCGUCGACGCUGGCGCGCGCGGGGCGGCGCGUGCUGGCGCUGGAGGCGGCCGGCCGGGUGGGGGGGCGCGUGCACACCGUCAGCUUCGGAGGGGGGGUCGUCGAGCUCGGCGCCGAGUGGUGCGUCAUUCAAGGACUUAUAGCAGAGAUCCACGGCACAGACUCGAGCCGCACGUACAAGACGGCGGUCGAGAACAACGUCACCGUGCAGUCGCAGGCGCUCGACUUCGAGGUGGUACAGUCGGACGGCAGCGUGGGCAGCAAGCUGAUGCACGAGCUGGUGGCCAAGGGCAUUGAACUCACGGAGGAGGACCACGACGACACGCCGGAGCCGCUCGGACAGUACGUCACCAACAAAUUUACGGAGUACAUAAAGGAGAAGCACCCGUCGGUGGACAACGCGACUGUGGCGCGCGUGUUGGACUUCCUGGACCUGUACGUGGACAACCUGGACGCGUCCAGCAGCUGGAUGGACGUGGACGCGGCGGCGCCGUACGACGUGCUGGGCGGGGACCAGCACGUCAGCUGGGGGCGGCUCGGGUACAAGACCUUCUUUGAGCUGAUGCUGAACACGUACAAAGGCGGGCCGGGGCUGCCCUCGCUGGACCUGAAGCUGAACUCGCUGGUGACGCGCGUGCACUGGCCGCAGCAGGGUGGGCAGCCGGUGGCCGUCACCACCAGCGACGGCCGCACCUACACCGCCGACGCCGCCAUAGUCACCGUGUCGCUCGGGGUGCUCAAGGAGAAACACGCGACAUUGUUCUCCCCGCCGCUGCCGGAGGAUAAAAAGUCAGCGAUAGAAAACAUCGGCAUGGGGGUGAUUGGCAAGAUCAUUCUGGCCUUCGACAAGCCGUGGUGGGGGAAGAAGUUCUACGGACUCAUGUGGAAGCCGGCGGACCUGGCGAGUGUGGGGGACGCGGACAGGUGGACCACCAGGAUUAUGGGGAUCUCCUCGCCCAUGGGCUGUGAGAACGCGCUGACAUUGUGGACGAGCGGGGAGACCGCCAAGCUGGUGGAGACGCUGCCGGAAGAGCGCGUGCGCGCAGGCGCCAUGGCGCUGCUGCGGCGGUUCUUCAGCGACCUGCCCAUCACCGAGCCCACCGCCAUGAUUAGGUCGAAAUGGUACGCGAACGAGCUGACGCGCGGCACGUACUCGUACUCGAGCAUGGCGGCGGCGGGCGCGCCGGACGCGCGGCGCGUGCUGGCGACGCCCCUGCCGGCCCCCGGCGCCCCCGCGGCCCCCACGGGCUCCGCCCGGCUGCUGCUGGCGGGCGAGGCGACCCACAGCACCCGCUACUCCACGGUGCACGGCGCCGCCGACUCGGGCUACGCCGCCGCCGCCAUACUGCUCGGCGACAAGUCCGCUUGAACGCACCGACCAGUCCAUAUCUUUGCUGAAUAAAAUUAAAUCUGCUGAAUGAUAAUAA